CAAGCAUUUUCAAAAGCUGGAUGAGUUUUCGCCGGCUAACUCGCUUCAGUUUGUCAUCAUGGAUAUCCAUAAGUGGUUUAAAAGCCCACCAAUAUUGUCCUCUAACAAAUUGGAUAGGACACCGAUGCCUCCUGUUGUUGUAGUUGGAGUAGGAGACCCUGGACGACAGUCUGAGCCUGAUGCUAUUAGCUCAGUGGAGCCCGACAGGGGCCAUAACCUCACGUUUAUAAAUAGUAAAGGACCGGGGUCUCUGCAGCUGUCACUCACCCUUGCAGAGUCCCGCCUCUUUUCCCUUAUGAUCCAAUAAGCUGGAAGGAACCCAACGCUUCCGGUUCUUCAUACAACAUGCCGAUUAACCGCUAGCUCAAUCAACAACACCAAACUGGGGCAUUAGACGCCACUGAAGAUGGUCCAGUUCAGUAGAAUAUGCUUCCGGAAAUAUGGAAACUUUGUGGAUAACCUCCGCCUAUAUGUCCGUGGAGGCAGCGGCGGUAUGGGUCUACCCCGGCUUGGGGGACAGGGAGGAAACGGGGGAGAUGUUUGGGUGGUAGCUACAAAGAAUAUGACCUUAAAGAGGUUCAAGGACAAAUACCCCCAGAAACGUUUUGUAGGUGGAGCAGGAGCCAACAGCAGUGUCCGAGCACUAAAGGGAGAGAGAGGGAAGGACAAGGAGAUCUUGGCACCUGUUGGUAUCACAGUCACCACUGAUGAUGGCAAAAUACUUGGUGACCUGAAUGCUGAGGGUGAUCGUCUGAUGGUGGUGAAAGGAGGACAUGGAGGCUCCUACCACUCUGCCUUUGAGCCCAGUAAGGGCCAGGCCAAAAACCUAAGACUGGACCUCAAACUCAUCGCUGACCUAGGCCUUGUUGGGUUCCCAAAUGCAGGAAAGUCCUCUCUCCUGGUUGCCAUGUCUAAUGCCACACCUCAGAUUGCCAACUACGCUUUCACAACUUUGAAGCCAGAGAUCGGCAAACUGAUGUAUAAAGAUUACAAACAGAUUUCUGUUGCUGAUCUCCCAGGCCUGAUUGAGGGAGCUCACAUAAACAAAGGCAUGGGCCACAAGUUCCUAAAACAUGUGGAGAGGACCAAGCAGCUUCUGUUUGUGGUCGAUGUUUGCGGUUUCCAACUGGCAAGUAAAACACCGUUCAGGUCGGCCUUUGAAGCUGUUCAGCUUCUUACCAAGGAGUUGGAGUUGUACAAAGAGGAGCUUGUAUCGAAGCCGGCCUUACUGGUGGUGAACAAAAUGGACCUGCCUGAUGCUGAGGACAAAUUAGCAGAGCUGAAGGACCAACUCCAAAACCCAGACGAGUUCUCUGAUCUGUUGCCUGAUGACAUGAUACCAAAGAACUACAUGACAUUCAGACACGUGGUUCCUGUCUCGGCCUCCACUGGGUUUGGUGUCGACACUUUGAAAAGUUGCAUCCGGGAAUCGCUUGAUGAAGACGCAGCAAAGGCACACGAAGCCAUCCAUCAUGACAGACUGCAGACACUGAGGUUCCCCUCACACAAGCAAUUUUCAUAAACACGGACAGCAUGUCACACAUUUCAGCAGGAGCUGUAGUGUACGAUGUCAGAUGAGUUGUUGUCAAAAAAGUAUAAAACUAGUUGAAUGGCACUGAGAAACGUGACAACAGAAACUGCGGCUUCAAUGCAGAGCUGUCCAUGGAAGUGAUGGAAGAUGAUUUUGAGGUUUCACAAGUUCACUGUAACUUACCAAUGAAAUGUUGGUCAAGCAAAAGCAGUAACCGCUGUAGUGCCAGAUACAUUGGCCCAAUCCCAGAGUCAGGUCACCAAAAGGGAAUUACCCACAGUACCAUGUAGACAAUAGGGAAUUCCGGUAGUUACAAAGGUAAACAGCAUGACAUACGGAACAGAACUGACCUGUUUAUCCAGCAUGUAAAACAAGCAACAAACAUCUUAAACAUUUAAAUGUAUUAAACAUCGCCAACAUGAUCUUGUGAAGUGCUGUCUCAUUUAUACCUUCUUUGAGCCCAUGUGGCCUUACACACUCACUCACUUAGCAACUAAGAUCAAUUAAGUCUGAGUCUUAAAUCCUCAGGGCUCACUUUGGGAUUAUGGCCAUUGAAUUAUACAGAAUGUCCUGCACCUUUGAAAGAAGAGGAGAGGUGCACCAGGUGUACUCACCAGUUAUAUCUUGUUUCACCUGAAGAUAAGACCUGAAGAUUGUAUUUAUUUUUUAUUGGUGCGCUAUACAUACAUACGGUGUAUGAUCCGAUACUAGAUUUCUCUUUUGUUCCAAGUUUAAAAGCUUUGAAUUCAUUUUUUAUUUAAGAUAACGUGUCCAGGAAUAACUAUGGCAGUCUGCCGUGACUUAAUGAAUGUUACCGGGAACACUGAUCUUAUUUAGGGGAUAGUAUUAUAAAAGUAAGUGUUAGAUUAGUGUGUCCCAAGUGUGUUGCUAAUUUACUCUAUUUUAAUACAAAAUAAUAAAGUCAGUUUUCCA